AGAGGAGUGUUUAAAGUUGGCUUUAUUCGGGAAUUUUGCGCUCAAAAGCAGUGUUUCUAAUGGUUGAACGUUUAUCAGUGAUUUUGUGCGAACUCAGGAGAAACAUUGUGGACAAAAUCGAAGCAAAGUAAUAGUUCUCGCAGGUUCGUAAGCCUCUGAGCGAAUUGUUCUUUGUUGUUACCAGCCUGCGUGUUUGUCGUCCAUUUUGUGAAAGCGACCGAUUUGCGUCGUAAUGAUAAUUAUUGUUUUUAAACGCAAAAUUCUUUAUCAUUUCGGUCUGUGAUAGAAGCGGAGUGUGAAUACAGCGCGUAUUCGUCAAUUUUAUUGAAUAGAAAAAAAAUAUAAAUAUAUAUAGACUCGAAAAGACUGCAGUGACGUUAGGUUCACAAUUUGCUCAAUAUGGCAAUGGGUACUAAACACUCGGAGGGCGGAAAACUCGUCAAUUCUCGUGUUAUUAGAUGUUCCUACAGGUCUAAUUUCUACCAAAGCACGACGCAGAAGAGCUCCCCCCUUCGAGGGGAUAAAUUAAACGCAACAAACAAGGGGCUUUCACCUCAGGGUCCUGGAAUUCGUACAUCGCCGGGUUUGACAGGCGGUUUCUACGCCGGCUGUAAAUUCUCCGAGCCCCCGCUGCCGUCAGCGCUGCCGUUGCCCCCGAAGCAUUGGACGCAAACGGGCAGACCGUCGAAUUUGGCCUUCCACAAUUCGACGUCGGCUUUGGCAUCCGAACACAAGGACGUGACGCAGCAACUGAAGCUGUUGCUCAAGGUCCAAGCUUGACCGACGGUCAAUCAACAGAGGGCGGUUAAUUGUAACAACAGAAGAUAUUUAUAUAUUUUGUUGCGGUAAAUUGAUUGUGAACACGAUAUCGAGAAAUUAUAAUUGUGAUUAAUUUUAAGAACGAAUUUUGGGUAGCGAGUGAACACGACAAUACGUACAUAAAUAUCGAGGAACUUGAUAGUUUUUGCUUCUAUGAAGUUCGUUGUUUUGUUUGCGUGAAUGGGUAGGUUGUGCCAUGGUUCCGGUGGAUUGUGUAGCUUGUUAAUAAAAAGGAAAUUGUAGUAUCUCGUUUGUAAUCGAGCCGAUGCCAAUGCUGUUUUUCAUCUGCUAACUAAAGAUAUUUACUUUUAUAAAUUUUAUUUCAACCGUACUCGUAUAGAAUAGAGUUUUGUUCUAUUGGUAGAUUUAAGAAGUUUAAAAGUGUAUCAAAGUAAAUAUUUUUCGUUUCUCCCCCAGUUUCUAGUCAAGGAUCCUUAUUUUUAAAUGUUUUACACGAGAUGCAAAAAUUUGAAUAAAAUGCUCUCUAAAUAUAAUUUUUAGAUAAUCUUAUUUUAGAAACGUUUUAUCAGCUUUAAAUUUCAUUAAAACUUCAAAAAAAAAAUAACAAAAAAAAUACGCUGAUAAAAAGUAUCUCAUUAAGAUUAUUUAUUCGCAAACAUAUCGAAAUGAAUUAUGUCUGUAAAAUCGAAAUUGUGCAUUUUUACAUUGUUCUGUUUAAUUAGCAAAUUGUGAUAAAGCAAUAAAUUGUUUUGCAAACCCAUAGUUGCUAAAUAAUGGCGAAAUUGAAUUGUUUGAUGUCGACUUAUUCAAUUUGUUGUCAAACAGAUUUUUUACAUUUACGUUACCGAUUUAUUGAUGCAAAAUUCGUAUUUUAUUUUAUUAAAAAAAAUGUACUUUUAAUUUUAUUUACACGCAUAAUUGCUGCCAUUGGUGUUGGUUUAAACGAGAAUUCGAGGCACGCUUGCCAACUAGUUUUUUUAGCUUCAAAAAGGGAAUUUAAUUAAAAUUGACAUUCGUUCAAAUAGGCUAUAUUGAAUCAAAUCGAGUUAUUGUCCUGUUCAGCCGCGCUGUGAUAUAAAUGUGGGGCGGGUCGAAGGCCAUUUCGGCCCGUCCUUUUAGCUCCUAGUUAGUUUUUAACCUAUACGACUUAGUCUUUUCUUAAAUGUGAUUUUGUAAAACUGUUAAAAAUUGUAAGAGUAUAAGAUUUGAGUUUGUAUUUUAAAACGUUUGCGAAUUAGCUCGUAAAUGAGAGUGUGUGAUAAUUUGGUAAAGACAUCCAAAUGGGUGAAUUGGAACGUCGACGACUCGCCCCUUUUCCAACGGAAAUGCCGUGCAGUUAGGUCGCUGGCGUUCCACAUUCGAUUUUGGCGUUGAGUAACCGAAAACCAGUGGCAUAUUCAUCGAGUCAAUGCAAUGCUCGCGGCGACGCUCGAAACUGAUGAUUCUCGAUCAUUACAGUACUGAUUUUUUUAUGAUCGCGCGUCGCGGCGAUUCAUUGAUGUAUGUUUUUUUUUUUUUUAGUUAUAAAUUGUAUAGAAUAUCGAUUUAUUUUGUUUAGUUUUCUGCGGUGGAAAGUGCCACUGACUUCAGUUAAUUGAGGCAGAAAAGUAUAAAAAAUCGUUUAUCCAGAUGUACCGUCCGAUCUAGGGCGGAUAUUUUUGUUAAGGCAGUACAAAUGUAUAAUCAUGUAUAGACAGUAAGCCUUAGUGUUAAGUGAAUCGAAGCUUUAAGUCCAGAGUGUAAAAUGCCGCGUUUAUUACGGUUUUCCGCGCUUUUUAUAUUUAACGAGAGUUGGAAAACGACGUGGGUAUUUUAAAUUCUGUAACGAAACACUCAUCGUUCAAUACGAAUUCGAUCUUUUUUUUUAUUUGGAAUCGUUUGAUUUGAUCAUGGUUUUUUUUUCUCUUUAAUUUUCAAAAGAAUCAUACGUGCUCAUUGGCGAAUAUUUUACUCUGAAAAAUGUACAAAGUUUCUCUCAGGUGCUUACUUUCUUU